AUGGGUUUGGUUUCUUCUCAAAAGUCAUACAUUCUUCUGCUCCUCCUCUCUUUUCUCAAUGUCUCCACCAUUUACUCACGCAAGCCAUCAAAAGAAGACGUGCUUUUUGGUGGGAAUUUUCCGGCUAUGUAUGUUAUUGGAGAUUCAUUGGUUGAUGCAGGGAACAAUAACCAUCUUCCGACGUUAAUCAAAGCGAAUUAUCCACCUUAUGGUUCUGACUUUGAAGGUGGCAAAGCUACCGGACGUUUUAGUAAUGGCAAAACAAUUGCUGACUACAUUGCUAUUUAUUAUAAGCUUCCUUUGGUUCCUGCUUAUUUGGGGUUACCUGACACCCGGAAGGAUAUUAUCAAAACUGGUUUUAACUAUGCUUCUGCUGGCUGUGGGAUUCUUCCUCUCACUGGAAAGAUUGCGGGGAAAUGUCUCUCGUUAAGCAAACAAGUUAAGCUAUUCGAGGGCACAAUCAAUAAGCAUCUGAAGGACAGCUUGGUAGCGCCAUUUUCGCUGAGAGAUCACUUGGCUAACUCGUUGUUCAUGACCGUGAUUGGGGUUAAUGACUAUGCAUUCUUCUAUACUAGGUUUACUGAUGCAAAUGUUUUCGCUGAUAAGCUUCUUCACAAGUUCUUGGGAAAAAUAGAGAAAUUGCAUAAGUUAGGAGCAAGAAAGUUCUUCAUCAACAACAUAAAACCAUUAGGAUGUUACCCGAAUAUGAUAACAAAGACCUUCAUGUUGGGACUAAGAGGACCUUCAAGAAACCAAGAGAGUUCAAAUCUUUUGAACACGACAGGCCCUUGUUGUCCUUUAGAUUACGAUGGAAGUUUAACAUCAAGUUGCAAACGCGAUUCCCCUUCGUGUAAGGCACCAGACACUACUCAUAUUUUCUUUGAUCCUCGUCAUCCGACUCAGUUGGCGAACUUCAUGUACUCCAUCGCGUGUUUCGACGAGAGAACUAUUUGCCAUGUGGUGUGA